AUGGGCCUGAAACAACUGCAGCACGGGGAGUAUACCAUUGGGUGGAUCUGUGCGCUACCACUUGAGCAAACAGCAGCAAUGUACAUGCUUGAUGAGAGGCAUAAAGAUCUCCAGAACCCGUUGAGUGAUGAAAAUACCUACACCCUUGGAAGAAUUGGAGGACACAAUAUUGUUAUUGUCGGCUUACCCAAGGGCAGAAUUGGUACCAAUGACUCAGCAGCGGUUAUCACUAGAAUGGCAUCUACUUUUCCCAACAUCAAGUUCGGUAUGAUGGUAGGAGUUGGGGGAGGUAUUCCUGAGAAAACACGACUUGGAGAUGUGGUCAUUUGCUCCGCUCUCGGUACAAAUGCUGGUGUUGUUCAGCAUGAUAUGGGCACUCGUGCUGGUGGUCAAUUUGAAACAAGAGGGUUUCUCAGUGGCCCACCGACAGCUGUGCUUACAGCUUUGGCAAAGUUCCAAGCUGACCCACUGACUCCAGGCCAGAUGCGCAGUCAUCUGGAUGAUAUGGCAACAAUGCCUUACGUUGAUGAAAGCUAUCUGAAGUCGGAUUCUCUCAAAGAUGUUUUAUUUGAGUCUGAUUACAGCCAUGUGGACGUGGGCGGAGAUUGCCGCAACUGCGAUAAGAAGAGGGUAAAGGCAAGGGCACCCAGACGUGCCGAUUUUAAGAUUCACUACGGGUUGAUCGCAUCAGGCAAUACAAAGGUCAAAGAUGCCAAACUUCGAGACGAACUCUGCAAGAGGUAUAAAAACAAUCUCUAUUGUAUAGAGAUGGAAGCCGCAGGGCUUAUGAACAAUUUUCCCUGUGUUGUCAUUCGAGGGAUAUGCGACUACGCAGACUCGCACGCAGGCAAAGAAUGGCAAAACUAUGCCGCUGCAGUUGCAGCAGCAUGUACAAAAACACUCUUGGGAGUGGUCCCUGAGCGCGAAGUCCGCAGGCUCCAGUCGGUACAAGAUACAGUCGCCUCUAGCAGUAUUAGGACACCAAGAGAAUAUGGCAUGCAAUAUCACGCGACCAGUUCUCCUCCGCUCGUCACUGGGGAACCUGAGGAACCUGAGGAACCUGCAGCAUCUGCUCCUCAUAUGAUCGAAUGGCCAGGCGCAAAUUACCGCAGCAAUCUUCUAAGCACGGCUAAUUCAGAGCCUAGAGGAAAACAGGCUACUGAACAGAGAAUACCCGCCAAUCAUGGUCAGCCAGAAGAUAUUGCUAGGGUUCGACGUACGAACUCAGAGAGGGUUGUAACACAGCCUGUCUUCCUUACAAAAGAAGACCGAGUUCAUACUUUCCCCAACACGGAUCCUGAAGCUUUCUUCAAUGCAGUUGAGAAAGGAGAUAUCCCCACGAUCCAAAGAGAGCUAAAGAACGGUACCAGUUUGGAGAUAACUGAUGAGUUUGGUCGUACACCUCUGUGGCUUGCCGUGGGCAUUGGGAAACGCAAUGUUAUCCAAAUACUUCUUGAGAAGGGUGCGAACGUUGAGGCGAAAAACUUUCACGGGCAGAAUAUCCUAGAAUGGGCGCUGAACAAAGGCAAGCAUGAUAUCGUUAAUAUGGUUAUUGCGAUAGGCGACGGGGAGUAAUUUCAGCCAUGUCGGAAAUGCUCAUGGGGAAUCAAUUGGACAAACAAUAGUCUAUGUAAGCGCGGUAUGAAGAGAAACAAUAGGCACAAUCCCUUAUACCAAAUCCACUGUUCU